AUGAGAGAGCCGUUGCAGGAGCUUGCAAACGAAGUCGACCCUACCAGAAUUAGGGUGCUUACUGUACCCAAGGCCAAUAAGCGCCUGCAGAUGACUGCGGGUGUGAAUGCCACCACAACCGAGAUUCUUGUCUUUGCUGACGACGAUGCCAUCUGGAAACCAACGAUGCUGGAAUAUAUCCUGGCAUGUUUUGAAGAUCUCAAGAUGGGCGGGGUGGGCACUUCACAGACUGUCCAUGCGGUCGAUCCCAACGGACACCAGACGCUCUGGGAAAUCCUGGCUGGAUUUCGAUUGACUUCGCGCAAUAUCGAAAUUGCUGCAUCCACGCAUAUCGAUGGCGGCAUCUGCUGCUUGUCUGGCCGUACCGCAGCCUAUCGCACGCUGAUCUUGAAAGACCCGGCUUUCCAGUACUGCUUCACCAAUGAUCUGUGGCUCAACAAGUACCCAUUGAACUCUGGCGACGACAAGUUCUUGACUCGAUGGAUGUGCUCGCAUGGCUGGAACACGUAUGCUCAAGUGUGUACAGAGGCAGAACUCUACUCGACGUUCAAGAACAAUUGGCGAUUCUUGAAGCAAGUGCUCCGAUGGACCCGUAAUACAUGGCGCUCUGAUUUCCGCUCGCUUUUCACGGAGCGUUAUAUUUGGCGUAGACACCCCUAUGUGGCUUUCACCAUGGUCGACAAGAUCUUCAAUCCCUUGACUUUGUUGGCCGGGCCUAUUCUCGUCGGCGUCUUUACCUCGUUGCAAGAAAAGAAUGCCGGUCCCACUAAUCCUCCUUUGCCUGGAUGGAAUGUUGCCGUGUCCUACAUUGUCUGGCUCUUGGUCACUCGUUUCAUCAAGCUCAUCCCACACUUUUUCCACCGUCCUCUCGAUAUUUGGGUGCUUCCUUGUUGGCUGAUCUUCAACUAUUACUUUGCCAUCAUGAAAAUUUAUGCGCUUUUCACGCUCCAUGUUACAGCUUGGGGUACUCGAACGUUCACUAAUGUAAGUUGCACGCUUAAAUUUUAUACUUUGGGGGUUCUCCCCCCCCCCCGGGGGUAG